AUUACCCCUGAUCUUUAGGACUUAUUAUUUUAAAUUACAACUCUUAUUUUUUACAUUUUUCACUGAAAAUGAAAAAAAUUGAAACUUUGCAAAAUUUAAUUAUAAAAGAAUAAAAAAAACUAAUUUUUUUUGGUUUGCUUUUGCUCUCAUCAUUGUAUAUAAUCCUCUUCUUCUUAAUAGACCAAAACCCUAAGGGUUCUUGUAUGAACCAAUAGCCGCCGGAUUUAUUGCUUUCAUCAACACUCUCAUUUUCAUCUCACUGCAACAAUCUUCAUCUUUUUCAUCUUUCUCUUCCUUUCCGAUGAUUUUUCACUUCAAUUUUGUUCUUCAAGACUGAAUUUUUAUCAUCAAUUUGUGUCAGUAAUUAUGUAUUUCAAAGUGAAAUUCUCAAAUUCUCAAUCUUGUUUGUUCUGAUGAUUGAUUCUGAAGUUGGGUCUGUUUUAGCUUGUAGCGUUCAUGGGGUUAGUUAAUUAUGAAUAUCGUUAUUAUUUUUAAUUAAUUUUAGUUUCAGUAGUUACAAGUAAGUGCUUUUGAUGAUGUUGUAAAUAUGGGGCUUUUGCGUUUUGAUGAUGAAAGUUUACGUUUUUAAGUAGUUUAACGGUUUAGGGUUUUGUUUUGGGUUAAGGGUAGUGAUCAUAUUUUAGUUGAUGAAAAUUUGAGAAGAGAAAAAAAGAAUGUUGUCUGAAUUGGGUAGGAGGCCAGUGAUUGGUGGUAACGAGGGUUCAUAUGGAGAUGAAUUUGAGAAGGAAAUAGGGAUGUUGCUUCGUGAUCAACGACGACAUGAGGUUGAUGAUCAUGAACCUGAGCUUAAUUUGUAUAGGAGUGGAUCAGCUCCUCCAACUGUGGAUGGUUCAUUGAGUGCAGUUGGAGGGUUGUUUGGUGGUGGCUCUACGGCUGCCACAGCUGCAAUUUCGGAGUUUUCUGGGAAUGGUUUUGGUUCUGAGGAAGAGCUUAGGUCUGAUCCAGCUUAUCUUCAAUAUUAUUACUCUAAUGUGAAUUUGAAUCCUAGACUUCCACCUCCUUUGUUAUCAAAGGAGGAUUGGAGGUUUACACAGAGACUAAAAGGUGGAGCUUCUGUAGUUGGUGGAAUUGGUGACAGGAGGAAAGUCAAUGGAGGUGAUGAUAAUGGUGGUAGAUCAAUGUUUGCCACGCCUCCGGGAUUUAACAAUAGGAAAAGAGAGAGUGAGGUGGUGGUUGAUGAAAAAGCUAGAGGUUCUGCCGAGUGGGGUGGUGAUGGACUCAUCGGUUUGCCAGGACUAGGUCUUGGGAGCAAACAAAAGAGCCUUGCAGAAAUUUUUCAGGAUGACAUGGGACGUAACACUUCUGUCACUGGCUUUCCUUCUCGUCCAGCCAGUCGUAAUGCAUUUGAUGAAAAUGUUGAUAUUACAUCUUCUGCAGAAGCAGAGCUGGCUCAUUUACGCCACGAUUCCUCAUCCACUGAUGGCUUAAGGUCCGGAUCAAAUGUUCAAGGGUCAUCUGCAUCCCAAAAUAUUGGCCCGCAAGCCUCAUAUUCUUAUGCUGCUGCACUUGGGGGUUCUUCCCUGUCACGAAGCACUACUCCCGAUCCACAACAUAUUGCUAGGGCUCCUAGUCCCUGUCCCACACCGAUUGGUAGUGGGAGAGUUUCUGCUGCCGAGAAGAGAGGUAUUACUAGUCCCGAUACAUUUAAUGAUGUUUCAUCUGGCAUCAAUGGGUCUGCAGAUAUUAUGGCUGCAAUGUCCGGCAUGAAAUUGUCAGCAGAUGAUGGGUUAGAUGGUGAUAACCAUUUCCAAUCACAGGUUGAGUCAGAUGUUAAUAAUUAUCAGAGAUAUCUUUUCGGUAUGCAAGGUGGUCAGGAUCAUGGCAAGCAGAAUUCAUAUUUAAAGAAGUCUGAAUCAGGACACUUGCAGAAAACUGCUCACUCGGAUUCAGGUAAGAGAAGUGGAAGUGGUUCAGACAUGAAAAAUUCUACCUUGGAUAGGCAUGCUGAGAUGCAAAAGUCCGCUGUCUCUCCCAAUAACUCGUAUUUCAAGGGAUCACCUGGCUCCCCUUAUGGUGGUGGAGGUGGUUUUCCUGCACAAUAUCAGCCUUCAGAUGGUCCCAACUCACCAUUUAAUAACUAUGGCCCGAGUGGUGGAUAUGGUGGAAAUCCAGCGGUGGCAUCCUUCAUGGCUAACCAACUUGGAACUGGUAAUCUGCCACCCCUAUUUGAAAAUGUUGCUGCAGCAUCAGCCAUGGCAUCCCCUGGAAUGGACUCUAGAAUCCUUGGUGGUGGUUUGCCCUCUGGAGUUGCUUCUCCAUCUGAUGUGCAUGUACUCAGUAGAAUGGGAAAUCAAAUUGCAGGUGGUGGUGCUCUUCAGACUCCUUAUGUUGAUCCGAUGUAUCCUCAGUAUACGAGGACACCUGAGUAUGCUGCAGCACAACUUGCCGCACUUAACGACCCAUCUGUGGACAGGAAUUACUUGGGAAACUCUUACAUGAAUUUACUUGAGCUUCAGAAAGCUUAUCUUGGAUCUCUACUUUCACCUCAGAAGUCACAAUACAAUGUUCCCUUGGGUGGAAAAUCUGGUGGUUCCAACCAUCAUGGUUAUUAUGGAAAUCCUGCGUAUGGCGUUGGCUUGUCUUAUCCAGGAAGUCCAAUGGCAAACUCUUUAUCCAGUUCUCCAGUUGGAUCUGGCAGUCCUAUUAGGCACAAUGACCUGAAUAUGCAUUUUGCUUCUGGAAUGAGGAAUGUAGCUGGGGUCAUGGCACCAUGGCACCUAGAUGCUGGAAAUUUAGAUGAAAACUUCGCUUCGUCUCUGUUGGAAGAGUUUAAAAACAAUAAAACGAAGUGUUUUGAACUUGCUGAAAUUUCUGGGCAUGUUGUUGAAUUCAGUGCUGAUCAAUAUGGGAGCCGGUUUAUUCAACAAAAGCUUGAAACAGCAACUACUGACGAAAAAAAUAUGGUUUAUCAGGAAAUAACACCACAUGCUCUUGCUUUGAUGACUGAUGUCUUUGGUAAUUAUGUGGUUCAGAAGUUUUUUGAGCAUGGACUUGCAGCCCAGAGAAGAGAGUUAGCCAACAAGCUUUAUGGCCAUGUUCUGACUCUUAGCCUUCAAAUGUAUGGUUGUCGAGUCAUCCAGAAGGCCAUAGAAGUUGUUGAUCUGGACCAGAAGAUUAAAAUGGUUCAAGAGCUUGAUGGUAAUAUCAUGCGCUGUGUACGAGAUCAGAAUGGCAACCAUGUUAUUCAGAAGUGUAUUGAAUGCGUACCUGAAGAUGCAAUUGACUUCAUUAUCUCAACUUUUUUUGAUCAAGUUGUGACACUAUCAACCCAUCCAUAUGGUUGCCGGGUGAUACAGGUAACAUCUAUUCAGUGUUUUGUUACUCCUUUUAUGUACCACAAAGUCCUUGAAUGUAAUGUAAUACGUUUUACAUGGCAGAGAGUACUAGAGCACUGCGAAGACCCUAACACACAACAGAAAGUUAUGGAUGAAAUUUUAGGAGCUGUUAGCAUGUUAGCCCAGGAUCAGUAUGGCAACUAUGUCGUCCAGCAUGUGCUUGAGCAUGGGAAACCUCAUGAGCGUUCUACAAUUAUCAAGGAAUUAGCAGGAAAUAUAGUUCAAAUGAGCCAGCAGAAGUUUGCAUCUAAUGUUGUGGAGAAGUGUUUGACCUUUGGAGGUCCUGCUGAACGCCUAUUGCUUGUAAAUGAGAUGCUUGGCACCACUGAUGAAAAUGAGCCUCUUCAGGCAAUGAUGAAAGAUCAGUUUGCUAAUUAUGUCGUGCAAAAGGUGCUGGAGACUUGCGAUGACCAACAGCGUGAGCUCAUUCUUUCUCGAAUUAAAGUUCAUUUGAAUGCAUUGAAAAAGUACACCUAUGGAAAGCAUAUCGUCGCUCGUGUAGAGAAACUUGUUGCUGCUGGAGAGAGGAGAAUUGCUGCUCAGUCUCCUCAUACUGCUUAGGGGUGGGCGUAGAAAGAGUGUUGUCUGUACAGCUAACUGAGGCUAGUGUGAUCCCCUCCUUUGUUCUCCUGCAUCAAGAGUUAUGUUUAUCUAUCUAUCUAUUUAUCUGUCUGUGAUGGAUAGUUGUGGCCGAUUGGUAAUAAAAAUUAUCGGUUUGUAAUUGAGAACUGUACAUUCUGUAGUUUAUACAUAGAAUUUAAGUGAGGUGAGGUUCAGAUGUGUAAUACUACUACACCUCUGAUGUCCCUGCUAUGGAAGAUAAAAAUGACAAUACAAGCAAGGUUUUUAAGGUGGAUGUAAAGUUUUCAUAAAACGGCGAGGUAGUUGUUUAUAAGUUGACGAUGCGACUGUACAAAAUGUUGCUAUGUGGAGAGCUGUUUAUGUAGAGCAGGGUUUUUCUUUCAUGUAUGCUUAUUCACUUUAUUCCCCAAUUUUACAAGCUUAUAUUUUCCUUCA